AUGGGUGCAUUAGACUUAGGUUCUGCUUUAGCAAAAUGCAUUAAUCUCUCAAAUUUGACACUUAACCUUUUUUACAAUUAAAUUGGUGAUAAAGGUGCAUUAGACUUAGGUUCUGCUUUAGCAAACUGCAUUAAUCUCUCAAAUUUGACACUUUUCCUUGGGGAAAAUUAAAUUGGUGCAAUGGGUGCAUCAAGCUUAGGUUCUGCUUUAGCAAAAUGCAUUAAUCUCUCAAAUUUGACACUUUUCCUUGGGUAAAAACAGUUUAUUUGUUUUGGAUUGUGA